AUGGCGACCCAGCGACCCGUCACCCCGUCGGCCUCAUACGACCCCGUACCGCACAUCGACGACCCGGCCCAUCUCAGCCGCGGCUACGGCACCUCCUCUGUGAAUGACUUUGGAAACUCACCACUAAGCGCGCCAAAUGAGCGCUCGCGUCUGGGGCGGUUCGAGGAGGACUUCGAUGCGCGCACACGUGGUUCAUCCGUCAUCGACGGUGAUAUGCACCAGCGCUCGUCUUCGCGCUCCUCCACCCUGAACCAGGGCGCCACGCCUUCGCGAAGUGGCACGCUCAAGAAGAAGAACUCUGUGAAGAGGGCAAGCAGCAUGAAGCGUAGUGGAAGCAGGAGAUCCAUGCAUGCGGGCUCGAUACGUGGUGUCACCAUUGACGACCAGGAGCAUGGCUACGAUCGCGAGGAUAGUGUCUUCUACACUCCUGUACCGACCAAGGGCACCCCCACCGAGAUACUAGCAGAACGCUUCCAGACUUGGCGAAAGUUUCUCAAGGACCUCAUUACCUACUUCCGCGAAGUCGCAUCCUCUUACGAACACCGCGCCAAAUCGCUGUUGAAGGUCUCGAAUGUCAUCAACAACACGAACGCCCCCGCCGCUCUCCUCAUAGAAGGAGGCCUGAACGACGCCAACCGCAUCCUCCGCGAUUUCCACAAGCAAGCCAUCCUCGAGGCAAACAAGGCACGAGACGUUGAGGCCGAUGUCAUCAACCAGCUCAGCGGCCUCAGGGCUGAUCUUGCGCAGAAGAUCAAGGAGAUCAAGUCACUGUCUGGUGAUUUCAAGAACAACGUCGAGAAGGAAAAGGAGACCACAAGGAAGUGUGUAACCGCACUUGAGGAGGCGCUGGCUUUGGCCGACUCCGACCCCACGGCAGUUGCAGGCAAGGGAGAUCCCUAUGUCGUGCGUCUGGGUGUCGAGCGCCAAGUAGAGAGGCAGAUCGAUGAGGAGAACUACCUCCACAGGGCUUACCUCAACCUUGAAAAUUCCGGCCGCGAACUCGAGUCGAUCGUCGUUGGCGAAGUCCAGAAAGCCUACAACGCUCUUGCUACCAUCUUGAAGCGCGAUGCCGAUGAGCAGUACAACACGGUAGAGCGGUUGCGCAAUGGCCCAAUCGCCAUGCCACGCGAUCUCGAAUGGAGCAGGUUUGUGCGAAGCGACCCUCACUUCGUCAACCCAGACAUGCCGUUGCGCAGACUGGAAGAUAUCCAGUACCCUGGCAAGCACCACCCUGCUACCACCGAGGUCAGAGCGGGUAUGCUCGAGCGGAAGAGCAAGUAUCUGAAGUCCUACACACCAGGAUGGUACGUCUUGUCGCCAACGCAUCUCCACGAGUUCAAAUCGGCCGACCGCAUCUACACUCAGCCUCCAGUCAUGUCCCUAUAUCUGCCAGACCAGAAGCUUGGUUCUCGCUCCCAGCCCGGAAGUUCCUCCCACAAGUUCGUUAUCAAAGGCCGUCAGGCUGGAUCCAUGCAUCGUGGCCAUACUUGGGUGUUCCGGGCGGAGACGUACGACACCAUGGUCGCAUGGUUUGAAGAUAUCAAGGCCUUGACUGAGAAGAGUGGAGAAGAGCGCAACGCCUUUGUCCGUCGCCAUGCAAGCGUCAGGAGCACCAGCGCCGGCAGCGCCCGUUCAGCCAGCUCGGAUGGCGGACUAGAGGAAGACGAGGCAGACGCGGUUCCUUUCUCAGCCAACCAGUCCAUGAAGGAACAGGCCUACCGGGAUCAGUCUGAGCGACCUUCCCGACCUUCUCCAGGUGGGCGAUUCCCGUCUGAUUUGAUGGUCAACCGUAACUUACAAGCGCCUUUAUCGCCAUCUAGCGGAAGUUCAGAGGUCGGUAAUGAUCUAAACACAAUAUCUGGAGGUCCGACACAGGAUGUGCACCCGAUGUACCUUGCCCAAACCUCAGCCUACCAGCCCGAACCUGCGCAGCCCGUCCAGCCCGUCCAGUUCACCCAGCCCGCUCAACACCAGCAGCAGACCAGCUUCGCAAAUUCAUACGUACCAGCCCAGCAGUCAUACGCCCCUCAGACUGUCGACAACCCUUCAUACGCCCCCGUUUCUCAGGCUUACCCCGUCCAGCCAACUUCGGUCGACCAGUACAACCAGCCAUCCCUGGAACAUGCUGAGCCUAUCCAACGCAAAGAUAGUACUCAUUACGGCAACUGGAUGGCGCCCGCUGUUGGGGGUGCAGCCACCGGAGCCCUUGCAAACGAAGCAUUCCGGAAGAAACAAUUGGCGCAACAACACUACGAGGCGCAGCAGCUCAACCAAGAACAUCAAUAUCCAGUCGAACAAUCUCGCGCGGUAGACUUUCCAGAUGCCACCCCUACGCAAGUCCCCGAGCGGCAUCCUGACCAUAUACUCCCCGAUCAGAUCGAUGACACAGGCUACGUAGCCCCUGCUGUGCAGCCAACCCCUGCUCUGAUAGUCGCACCUGUCUUUGAUGGCCAGGCUCAGCAUGCAAGCGGGUUAGAUACACCAGGAGCUACUUCGUCUUUUUUAGGCGAGUCUGAGGUAGGGGCACCUGCCUUUGGCGAGACUGUCAACGGCGGGCCCGUCCCAGUGGGCCUCGUAGAUACUGCAGAGGAGAUGGCGCACCCUGGCAUGGGCAAGCGGAUGAACACCGACAUCAGCGUUAGCGACCUGCAUGUCCCGGGUGAAUAUCCCAAGACAACAGUCGGUGACGCCAGGAUUCCUGCUGCAGCCGCCACAUCGCAGGAGCCCACGACAUUCCUGAAGUACAACUGA